GAAAUAUGAGAUCCGUCCUGUCCUUCGAAGAAAACAUGACCUUCCCUGAAUAGCUCACAAGCGCUCAAAAAUGGCAGGUGGGAGACCGUACGGAAACCCUAGACUCAGAUCCCUAAUCCUUCUCGUCUCCCUCUCUCUCCUCUCCAUUUCUCUCCUCUUCCUCUUCUUCUCUCCCAAAUCUCUCCCGAAUCUCUCCCAAAACCCCUCACUCAACCCCACCGUCGACUACUCCUUCCUCUCCUCUCUCCAGAAAUUCCUCUCCUCGAAACCACGCCGCCAUCGAGACGAUUCUAUUACAAGCGCAGCCAGCGAUGUGAGGAGAUUAGAUGAGCUGGUGUGGAGAAGAGAGACGGAGAGAUUGUACACAAAUUCGAUUAGUUCAGUUGUUAAUGUUUAUGUUUACGAAAUGCCGGAUAAGUUUACGUAUGAUUUGCUUGAAUUGUUUUGGAGUACGUAUAAGGAGACGGUUAAUUUGACUUCUAAUGGUAGUCCUGUGCACCGGCUUAUCGAACAGCAUUCUAUUGACUACUGGCUGUGGGCAGAUCUGAUUGCUCCGGAAUCACAAAGGCUUUUGAAGAAUGUUGUUAGAGUUUAUCGGCAGGAGGAUGCCGAUCUGUUUUACAUUCCUUUCUUUACAACGAUUAGUUAUUUCUUGUUGGAGAAACAACAAUGCAAGUCACUCUAUAGGGAAGCUUUGAAGUGGGUAACUGACCAGCCAGCAUGGAAUCGGUCCGGAGGAAGAGAUCACAUACUUCCUGUUCACCAUCCUUGGUCUUUCAAGUCUGUUCGCAAAUAUAUGAAGAAUGCUAUCUGGCUGCUACCAGAUAUGGACUCCACGGGUAACUGGUACAAGCCUGGACAAGUUUCACUUGAAAAGGACCUUAUACUUCCUUAUGUUGCCAAUCUCGAAUUAUGUGAUGCCAAAUGUUUAUCAGAAAGUGAAUCGAAGAGAAGCACACUCCUAUACUUUCGUGGAAGGCUUAAAAGAAAUGCUGGAGGUAAGAUACGUGCUAAGCUUGUUGCAGAACUUAAUCGUGCUGAGAAUAUUGUAAUUGAGGAAGGGACUGCAGGAGAGGUAGGGAAAGCAGCAGCCCAGCAAGGUAUGCGCAGGUCUGUGUUUUGCCUCAGUCCGGCUGGUGACACUCCAUCAUCUGCUAGACUAUUUGAUGCUAUAGUCAGUGGAUGCAUACCUGUUAUUAUAAGUGAUGAACUGGAACUUCCUUUCGAAGGAAUACUUGAUUAUCGGAAGAUAGCUGUAUUUGUUUCUUCAAACGAUGCCGUGGAGCCAGGCUGGCUUCUGACAUAUCUCAGAAGUUUUAGUGCUGCUCAACUCAAAGAAAUGCGAAUUAACUUAGCAAAGUACUCGAGGCAUUUUUUAUAUUCACAUCCAGCUCAACCAUUGGGCCCAGAAGAUUUGGCCUGGAGAAUGGUGUGUUCUCAUUUGUCUGGUAAGCUGGUAAAUAUCAAGCUCCACACGCGAAGGUCUCAGCGACUGGUGAAAGAAUCCAGAAGUGUGUGUUCUUGCGAUUGCAAACCUGCCAACUUCACAAGUGCAAGACCCUUGUCCUGAUUUUUUUUGUCAAGUAAUAUUUUAUUUUUUGCAUCUUUUCGUUUAUAUUAUUUCCAUCAACCUUCCCAUAGAUAUAUGUAUGUAUGUUCAUGUGUAAUUUUAUGUUUCAGUAGAUACCUGGUUCCUCAAUCUACCGUCGAUUACCUGUCUAUAUUUCUACAAUUGUUAUCCUAUGCAAGCUUUUCCCAGUUACACAAUGAACACUAUCACAUCUGCGGACUAGCAUUCAGAAUCAGAAGUCAUAAGUUCCAC